GCCUGUCCUUGGUGGUGGGCUUGGUCCUGUACAUCUCCAGCAUCAACGACGAGGUCAUGAACAGGCCCAGCAGCUCGGAGCAGUACUUCCACUAUCGCUACGGGUGGUCUUUUGCCUUCGCCGCUUCCUCCUUCCUGCUCAAAGAGGGGGCUGGCGUGAUGUCCGUGUACUUGUUCACCAAGCGCUACGCGGAGGAGGAGAUGUACCGCCCGCACCCCGCCUUCUACCGCCCGCGCCUCAGCGACUGCUCCGACUACUCGGGCCAGUUCCUGCAGCCCGAGUCCUGGCGCCGCGGCCGCAGCCCCUCCGACAUCUCCAGCGACGUGUCCAUCCAGAUGACGCAGAACUACCCUCCCGCCAUCAAGUACCCGGACCACCUGCACAUCUCCACCUCGCCCUGCUGAGCGCCGCUCCGCGGAGCCCCCUCCUCCGCCGCCCCGGAGGCCUCCCCGCGGCGCAGCUCCCGGGCUCCUGGGACUC